GGUGGGCCGCCCAAGAUGGCGUCGCGUCCGCGGAGCCUGAGGAAGGAGGUGUAUUGGUAACCAGGGCGUGGGGAGGCGGGGGGCUGCCCCCACAGGCCUCGGCUGGACGCGCGCCCCACGGAGGGCUAUGAUUGUUCCGGGCUGCGUCUCAGGCGCUCGUUAAAGGUGCAGCUUGCCCGGCCAUGGCUCUGAGGGAGCUGAAAGUUUGCCUGCUGGGGGACACUGGUGUGGGCAAAUCAAGUAUUGUGUGGAGAUUUGUAGAAGAUAGCUUUGACCCCAACAUCAACCCAACAAUAGGAGCCUCAUUUAUGACCAAGACUGUACAGUAUCAGAAUGAGCUGCAUAAAUUCCUAAUUUGGGAUACAGCUGGACAGGAGCGGUUUCGUGCUUUAGCCCCAAUGUAUUACAGAGGGUCAGCAGCAGCCAUUAUAGUGUACGACAUCACAAAAGAGGAAACUUUCUCAACAUUAAAGAACUGGGUUAAAGAGCUUCGACAGCAUGGACCUCCAAACAUUGUUGUAGCCAUUGCAGGAAAUAAGUGUGAUCUUAAUGAUGUAAGAGAAGUCAUGGAAAAAGAUGCUAAAGACUAUGCAGAUUCCAUCCAUGCAAUAUUUGUAGAGACAAGUGCGAAAAAUGCAAUAAACAUUAAUGAACUCUUUAUAGAAAUUAGUCGCAGAAUUCCAUCAACUGACGCUAACCCCCCGUCUAGUGGUAAGGGCUUCAAACUAAGAAGACAACCAUCGGUGACAAAGCGCAGCUGCUGUUGACUGAUCCCUUAGAAAAACAGACUUGUUUAUACAGUAGGUGGUCUUGGAAGUUAAUGGUUCACGUUGGGUUUAUAUUAUCAGUCUUAGAUCUUUAUCUGCUGGUGUUCGUACACCCGAGGUCCCACAAAAAUGGACCAGUUCAUCUGAAAUCUGUAAACUUGCAGAAGAGACUGCAAUCAUAAUAUCAGCCUGUUUACUUAUGAAAAGUGUAGUAUCUCUUGCAUUCAAAGGGAAUCCAUCAUCACUUUUUUGGCCUUGCUUGAAAGGAAGGUGACUAUUAUGGAUGGUAGAACUGAAAUGUUUAAUAGUUUUGUAAUCAAGAUUUUGGGAUUUUUCUCGUAAAAAGGGAAAUGAGCACUUUGUGGGACUUAGGGGUGGGAGGAAUCUGGGAGUUAGAUGUCAUUUCUUCCUUUUCUUCAGUGAGCCUUAUUUUAAUUGUAGCUAAUCCAAAGUAUGAUGGGACAGCUGAUGUGAGAUGGCUACAUAAUAAGCAACUGAAGACAAUAGGCAAAUCAGUCCAUCCAGUCCCCAAAUCCCAUUUGCACUUUUUAUUUAAAGAUGAUAUGCGCUGGGGGUGGGGACAUGAGCAACAGAUCUUGAACCACAGACAAUCUCUUUUUCAUGCUGACAUUAAUCACUUUAAGGCAAACUGUUAUGCUUAUAAGCGUCUUUUUGUUCCUAUGAGGUUUUUAAUAUGAAGAUGUUGGUUGAAGAAAAUUUAGUUGUAGCUCUGACUAAAUUAAGUGGUUACUGACUGAAAACAGAUGCUGUAAACGGAUGCUGCCGGUGGUCAUGAUAAGACCUGAAAGUUUUUUGGGGAACGACUUUAAUUGCUUGGCAUGUGUAAAGUGUUCAUAUUAUAUUUAUGAGACCAGUGUUUAAAGUAUUAUAAAUUAUGUAAAAACAGUAAAAAAUAAUGCAAUCUUAUACAUUCUUGCCAUUCCACACCCAUGGAAAAACUCCUGGGGAAUCUCUAUUAGGUUUUUUCCUGCAUUUUAGGUAUUGUCACUGUGAGUUCACCCAGAGGCAGACUGAAAUUCUUACUCUUUUAAUCACAUUUGAAAGAGCCAAUAGAGAAUGCUGUUGGUGCAGCGUCUGGUCUGUCUGUUGAACAGGUUUUCAUCUGUGGUGCACCCAGUCUUGCCUGUUUUGGGCACAAAGAUACAAAUAGGCUGUAACCUUAAGACAUGUGGUAAUGUAGAUCGUUACCUCUUGGUUCCUGGGCUUUUUCAUCUGUGAGGGUUUUUAGCAAACCAGUGUAUAGGAUUUAGUACACUGUCAAUUAAGCUAUAGGUUGACCAUACCCAUUUGUACUAUUUUAUUUAUUUUUACUUUUUGUUUCCUACCAGCACUAGUGAGAAACUUUCUACUUUUGAAGAAAAAGAGCUUAAUAGACUUGAGUAUAUACUAAAAUAUGCUGUUUAGCUUUAGUAUCAAAAUGAGGUCGUGUUGCUGAUGCUUAUUCUUUCUUUGUCACCUGGUUUUUCUGUCAGCUCGAGUAUUGAAGGAAAUGUAGAAAAGUUUGUAAGAAAUGAAAGGACUUGUACUUCAGAUUAGUUUGUAUUAGUGAAAAUUCUUGUAGAGCUAUUCCGGAGCGAAACAGGCGAACUGUUACAGCAAGAUUUUGAAUGGGUCAGUAUGUUUUAAUGAGAUUUGGUGACUACAUUUUUAUCAUGCCUUUUACUCACCCUGCAUUGUCAAUUAUGCCUCCUUUGCCACAGUUGUACAGGCUACGUGCUUAUAGAGCGCCCAAGAAGUGUAUCUUCAUCAAAUGAAGGCUGUUUGAAACCCCAUUAAAACCUUGGUCCUUAACGAAGUGUCUUGUAGUAGAGACAGAUUUAUGUUUGGUGUUCAGCUGAUGUACAAUCUUCUUUUUUCUCUGUUGCUCAAAGCAAAUAAAUUAUGAAAACUUAAGUACUCUUGCAAAAUGCUUGAUGGAAAUAUAUUUGGUAAAGAAAGAACAGAGUAAGCUUGCUCUUGGGCAUAUUUUUAAUUAUUAAAAAGCAGGUUAGAAAUUAAAUGUAGAACUUCCCUAAUUUCUUUGAAAUAUCUUAAUUAUUACUCCCAGCAAAUUUUUUAAAAGUAAAUUGUGUGGUUAUCUAAUUCAAAAAGGUUUUUAAAACAUUCUGUGUUCACAGUGCUCCCAAAGUUUACUCUAUACCAAGAUACUAAAGCACCUGGUGUCUUAACUGUGAUACCGCUAAUACUGCUUUUAUUAAAGCUGAAAGUAAUAAAUCUGGAAAUUCUUUAAGUUGGAAAGAUCAUAGUUGGAGAAGGAAAGUCUCAUAUUGGGAAUAUCUUUCAUGUAGAUUAACAAAAAAAGGAAUUUAAUACUUUCUAAAUUACUGUUAUUGCUUGUUAGCAUGUGGUAAAAAUUGAGUUUAAAUCUGGUUUUUGGUGUGAUAUCAAAAAUGGUUUAACAGCAUUUAUCCAAGAUGUAUUGAGUUGAGGAGAAGAUAUUAGACUUUGGGCAAAAGUGAGAGCCAGGCUAGUAUUGAGAUUAUUCUAGUUCCUUCAGGGGAGAGAUCCAUAUAUCUUGGCAAAUCUUUAUGAACAGCUUUCUGAUCUAUCCUCACUUAUUUGCUAUACACCAAAAUUAGACUUUAAAAACAAAAAAAUACCCACCCCAAAACACUAAAAAAGCAGCAACAAACUGGCCCUUCUCAAAUGCAGCCAAGUCUUAAUGCCUCAGACUCCUUGUUUCUGUUUUGGAUCCGAGUGGAAUGCCAGCUCACUUCUCAUCCUUUUUGCAGUUCUGAUCUUGAAUUACUGCAGUUAAAGAAAACGUGGAAAUAGCCAGUGGUUCAGAUUGUCCAAACUACAAACGCUGAAAUGAGGCUGCUUAAGAUGUGCCGAUUUAAAAUGACAGGCUGUUGAUGUAAGUUCUUUUGAGCCAAGAUAACUGUUUAUUGAUGAGUUGGCCGUAGCUGAAAGCUGGAAUGCGGUCUUCCCUGGAUGAGAUGCACAUGUUCAUUGUUUCAUUUUUGCUGGUGAGAAAUGGUUUCUUCUAUGUUAAUAAUUUGUCAGGCCACAUGCUUUCAUCUUGCACUAGGCUUGCUGCAAUGGAUUCUGUUUUGUCCCCACACAGAUUCUCUGUUUGGAGACACAUUAGCCUUUGAGUGUUUGGAGUGCUGAUUGGCAACCAUUCCAGCUAAAUUUUUAAUUACUUUUGUUAUUUUGUUUAAUUACUUUUGUUGAAAAAGCUGAGGACUGAAGUUCUAUGUAUUCCACUCUGACUUUCUGUCAUCAUAGAGGCUGGACUUUCAGAUACUCUCAAAGGGAAUUAGUUGCUGCAGAGCAAGUUUAGAAGGGUAAAGUAUCACGUAUGUAAAAAUGUAAAGAGAUGCAUGUCAUAUCAUUGAUCCAGAGCAUUUUUAACUGACGAAGUAUGACUAUUUCAACUUCUAAACAACACCAGUUCUUUCCAAGUUAUAGAUUUGUACAAAAAUAUAAUUUGACAAAUGGUUAGUUCUUAAGCUUUAGAGCAGCUCAAAUGUGCUCCUCAAGUUUUGGAGGGUGUCUUCAUCUGACCCUUUCAAUUACUUAAACAGUUUCUUAGCUGACUUGCCAGGCUCUUCAUCUGUGCUAUAGGUGGUUUUGUAGUAUAUUUUUAAUAUGUGCUGAAAUCUGGCACACUAAAUGCCUAAAAUAGGUGAAAUCUUGAAGCUUAUGUUUAGUAACAGAAACAUCUGGUGGUCAAACCACUGAAAAUUGUCAUGGGUGGUUUGAAAAUUUCUAAGACACUUCUAAUGACCUUUGCUGUUGCCAAGAAGGUAAAGACUUCAUUUGUGUUACUAGAUCCAUGUUGAAACAAAACAAAUCAUUGCACUUGGAAUCCCUGCUGGUAUCAGUGAGACCCUUUAAGUGCUCCAGGAUCACAGUAGGUUAGAGGGGUGUUUUGUACAGACUGCAGCCUCUGCUAUGUGGGUGUAUGUAACACUGACUGAAUGCUACCAGCCUGCUCAAGAAAGAUUGCUCACAUGCUUGGGAAGAGAGGAGACAAUGUUUGCUGACUGAUUUGGACGUCUAAUCCUUUGACCUGCUCAAGAGGUAUGAAGUUCAUUGGGAGCUGUCUACGUUUGUGGUUAGAGCUUCAUUGUAAUUAUCAAAAUAUAAAUUAGGCUGAAUAUCUUGAAUGGUGUAAAAGUUGGCCUCAACAGGAUUUUGUUACAAAGUUAAUUCUAUAUUACUCAUCAACUUUAAUUUCCAGUAUAACAUAUUGAGUAAGAGUUGGAAAUGAAGCAUUAUCAGGGGUGUUUGAAAGACUUUCUUGUGAAACAGUCUGUAGUGUUUAUUAAGGAUGGUGUAGUCUAUUUGUGGUGUGCUAUCUCAGCAAUCUGCAGGGACUAUCUUUGGAAUUGAUGAUUUAGCGGACAGAAGCUGUCGGAACUGGGUAGCUCAUCACCCUGUAGCAAACCUCACUUAUAAGCAGCAAUAGCUACCUAGACGUAGAAAAAACUAAUUUAAAACAUGAGGAAAAUCUGAAUAAUUCACUGACUUAAACUUCUGCACUGCCUGGUCAUUUUCUAAAAAGCUUUGUGUAUCUCUCUUAAACACUUCAAGCCUCUAAAAGAGAGGCUUUUCUAUUCAUCAAUAAGAAAGGACAAAGUGUCUUAGGUUUUUUUAGCAGGAAGUUGUUCUCCAGCAAUCUGAGACUGUGUUUAUGCUACGAGCCAUUUAUUUGAAGCAGGAGAAAUGUGUGCUUGAACUAAGCUGCUGAAAAAUCCGCACAAAAUUCUCUAAAGAAAACGGUUAAAAUUUCAUGUUCUGAUCAUGUUCCUAGUGCUAGAUCACAGCCCUAGAAAUGGUAGGUAACAGAAGAUUUGUUCUAUAAAGACAGUGUGAAUUACCAAUCUAAGAUAGAAAUAUAGGUUCUAGUAUUAAAAAAAAGUCAUGUCAGCUGUCCUUUUCAGAGUCGUAUGGCUCUGGCUUGUCAGAAGAAACAGCUUGAAAACAUGUCUUUGUUUCUGAUAGAAGAAUUCAGGUGCCAAAAUGUAUUUCCCUAAAAUUAAUAGGCCUUCUGACACAAGGGUUUGUUUCUGAAAAAUUCCUUCUGGUAUUUUGAAGGUCUCAGAAGCUUGAAUGCAAACCCUUUCUUGGUCAGCUAGACUCAAAAAUGCACGACUUGGAAAAAUCAAACAAGCAUUACCAACUUUAUCCAUGAAGUGUCACGGAUAACAAAUCUUUCAAGGGGUAUAAAAAUGUGCUGAAACCCAAGAGUACUGCUGGGUUUAGUCUCUGACAUAACGAAAUGAUCCUAGGAUCAGCUUUUUCUUCCUUCCCCCUCAUAUUUUUGCCCCACUCAACUCUUGAUUUUUAUCAUAGUGUCAUCAGAGCGUACAUGCUGUAAACAGCUAUUUAAAAAUACUUAGAAAAGGUCCAGUGGCCUAGAGUUAUUUUGGCCUUCCUAUUUUACAUGGAAAACCAAGGCAAUAGGAUGACUUGUCCCCCUGAAAACUGGGACAGGAUUUGCUGAAACUGCUCUUAUUCUAGAAUAGACUUCUUGAAAGAAGUAAUUUUGCUUUUCCCGUUACAUCAUCCUGCAAGCUGGGGUUCUUAGAUUUUGUGCUUAGACACUAACAGUGAAUUCUAUUCAAGGAGCUAAUCACCUUUUGAAGGUACUCUUCUUUGUUUUCUUUGCUUAAUUUCUGUUAAUGUUUUCACAUGUAGUGUUGAACAAACCACCUGCUACUCUUUCAGAUGUCCAAGGAUACAGACCACUCUUGCUGUCACGCUCUUCAUCUGGGUGUGAUACUCCAGCCACUUUUUUUUGGUUAUGCUGUAACUCUGACACCCACAUAAAUUCACUGCUACUUUCUUGUUUCCCUUUUCCACAUUAUAGUAUGUAUUUCCAAUUAAAUCCAUUAUGUUUUCUUGACACUUUGUUCUUUGUGUCCCUGUGGGAUUUAGACAAGAAUAGGUGGUGUCUCCUGCUCCUCAGAGGCAGUGAAUAUUUGUAAACAAAAAGGUAAUUCAUUAGUACAGCUUUAUGACACUGUUAUGAAAAUACAGCAGCUGAGACAUGUACCACUAGUGUAUUACACCAGAUAGUGAGGACUAAAAGCAUAUUCUCCUAGGGGAGCAAAUAAUUGUAAGAUUCUAGUAAUGUGACUUAAACUCUUCUCCAUUUUAAUUUCCUUUUUUGUACCUUCUAUUUCUGAAUAUUGUGUAUCCAACAUUGAAAUUGUGACACAGAUUUAAGAUGCAGAAAUUGCAUUUCUAUAGCUGUAAGAAACUUUAGCCUUCUGGCAAUCUUCCCCCUUGCUCCCCUCACCCUCAGUACAGUGAAGACGACGUCAUUCGGAAGGUUUCUUCUGAACAAGAAACUUGCCAUUUGCGUUUGUGUGUUCAGGGCACAAAAAUAACCUGAUGUGCAUAUAGCUCUUGCAGUGUGUUAUAAAUGUUUGCCUGUAAAAUUCAAUGUGAAGGUUAACCUUUGUAUCGGCAUUUCUUGUCCAUUUUAAGAACAUUUUGCCUUUUUGUUAGAGGAUUGGGUUAACCUGUUACAAAGGUUGAAAGGUCUGUGCCUUCUUCUAGUAUCUCUUAUUAAAACAAACUUAAGCCGCUCAAAGUUACAGAGCAUCUGCAGCACUGUAAACUGCACAAAUUUAAAACCAUUGCUUCACUGCAUGAAAUGUAGUCGGGUUACUAGUGAUGAAAUAUUGUAGUGAUGAUUUCCCAAGCUUAUGAAUGUUUUGAGACUUUUUUUAGUCUUCUCUUGGGCUGGUCCUGAGAGCGUGUACAGGUUUGUCUGUAUUGUUGGUUUGUAGAUGCUAAUGAAGAAAACCAGGCUUUUGUUCUCUCCUUUUGGUUUGAAUUGUUACACUCCCAUAUAGUGCAUAGAAUGCAAACGAAGAAAUGUUGAUUUGGCAUAAUGUAAACAGCCUUUUCAGCUUAAGCAUUCGUAAUAAACUUUUAUAGUGUAAUAACAUGCUAAAUCACUACCAGUCUGAUGUAUUGUGCAAAAAAAAAAGGUGUAAACAUUUUAUUAAUAAAAAGCUUUGUUUAUAAA